AUGUCGUCGGUGCCCCUCACCCGGGCCUGGGAGGAGGCGGUGUCUUCACUCCAGUUUGCCCGCCUCGUCUCAUCCCGGGUUGUCCCUUUCUCCCUCUGCACCCAGGCUCAAGAAUGGGACAUGGACGCCCGGCGCCCAAUGCCGUUUCAGUUCCCGCCCUUCCCAGACAGGGCGCCCGUCUUCCCUGACCGCGUGAUGAGGGAGCCCCAGCUGCCCACGGCCGAGAUCUCGCUCUGGACCGUGGUGGCCGCCAUUCAGGCCGUGGAGAGGAAGGUGGACGCCCAGGCCAGCCAGCUGCUGAAUCUGGAGGGACGGACAGGGACGGCCGAGAAGAAGCUGGCCGACUGCGAGAAGACAGCCGUGGAGUUCGGGAACCACAUGGAGAGCAAGUGGGCCGUGCUGGGGACGCUGCUGCAGGAAUACGGGCUGCUGCAGAGGCGGCUGGAGAACAUGGAGAACCUGCUGCGCAACAGGAACUUCUGGGUCCUGCGGCUGCCCCCGGGCAGCAAGGGGGAGGUGCCCAAGGUUCCGGUGACUUUUGUGGACAUUGCCGUUUACUUCUCCGAGGACGAGUGGAAGAACUUGGACGAGUGGCAGAAGGAGCUGUACAACAACCUCGUGAAGGAAAACUACAAAACCCUCGUGUCCCUGGACGCAGAGGGUCCCGGGCCCAAGCCAGAGGCCCCGUCCCAGGCGGAGCCCAGGGAAGAGCCUUGUGUGUGGGAGCAGCGUGACCCAGAAGAGAGAGAAAUCCUGAUGGAUCCAGACACAGGAGCAGAGCCCCUGGUGCCUGCACCAGAUGUGCCCUCUCAGGUGAAGCGGGAGGAAGCCCUGUGUGUCCGGAGUCAGCGGGGCCUGGAGGAAAGAGCCAUCCCCACAGAGUCCAUCACCGACUCGCCAGCCUCCGCCCAGGACCUCCUGUCCCGGAUCAAACAGGAGGAGCCCCCGUGUGUGUGGGAUCAGCAGGACCUGGCAGAGAGAGAUAUUCCAACGGACCCCAAUUCAGAGUCUCUGAUCUCAGCGCAUGACAUUUUAUCGUGGAUCAAGCAGGAGGAGCAGCCGUACCCGUGGGGCCCUCGGGACUCAAUGGAAGGAGAGCUCGGACUAGAUUCUGGCCCCAGUGAGUGCUGCGUGCGGUGCCCCCGGGACCCCUGGGUGUUUGUCCAGAGGGAAUGGCUGCUCCCCCGGCCUACCCCCGUCUGUACCAGAGAGCUGUCCCCUUUGCUCUGGGAGGGUGGCAGGUCCGUUCGUUUCCUAGGGCUCAAGCCCUACUCGUGCCCCGAGUGCGGCAAGAGCUUCGGGGUGCGCAAGAGCCUCAUCAUCCACCACCGCAGCCACACCAAGGAGCGGCCGUACGAGUGCGCCGAGUGCGAGAAGAGCUUCAACUGCCACUCGGGCCUCAUCCGCCACCAGAUGACGCACCGCGGCGAGCGCCCCUACAAGUGCUCCGAGUGCGAGAAGACCUACAGCCGCAAGGAGCACCUGCAGAACCACCAGCGGCUGCACACGGGCGAGCGCCCCUUCCAGUGCGCGCUGUGCGGCAAGAGCUUCAUCCGCAAGCAGAACCUGCUCAAGCACCAGCGCAUCCACACGGGCGAGCGGCCCUACACGUGCGGCGAGUGCGGCAAGAGCUUCCGCUACAAGGAGUCGCUCAAGGACCACCUGCGCGUGCACAGCGGGGGCCCGGGCCUGGGCGCCCCGCGGCCCCUGCAGGCGCCCUACAUGCGGCCUGCACCAGCAUAA